ACAUUAUUGUUUAUUUUCGAUAACUGUAUAUUUGUCACCUCUAAAAAAAAUGAUUCUAAAAAAACUUUUGUGAAAUAUUUUUUUUUCGAAGAAAAAAUCCCAAAUUUGCACCUGUACAAAUAGUAAAUGGCAGCUUAAUAAUAAUGAAUAAUUAUAGAUUUUGUGAUUACUAUUUAUUUGCUAUAAUAAUAAAUUCUUGUUGUUUACUAAGCUAUGGCUACAGACACAUACGACUGGAAGAUAAUUUGUGUGCAGAUCGUUUUCUGGUUAAACUUUUCAAGGAUCCCUCCAUGACAUUGAGAGAAGAUCGUGAUUCAGCUGCUAUUAUAACACAAGUAUGGAACACCACCAUGCCAGGAUCUUACUCUUCCAAUAAGAUACGCUACGAUUGUGAAUUCAAAGUGCAUAGUGAUGAGCCAAAUCGACCACCCCGUGGCAUAUAUACCGUAAUAACACGUUUGAAAUUUCGUCAUGAUCCUGUGAAAAACAAAUGCCUGGAUUAUAUACAGUUUCGUAACGGCAAUCGUUCACCUAGUGAGCCUAUUUGCAAUGACAUCUCCAUAGAUGGACCAGCGGGACGUUUGAUAUUCGAUCAGCGUAAUCGAGAUGUAAGCGUUCUUAUACACAUUGAUAAAAAGCGUAUGAUUACGGAGCCACUGGAGUUGCGUAUGGUGUUGACCGCUCAUUCGGAAUGUAAAUAUACGGGAGAUUUCCUGUGUGAACCUACAAAUCCAUAUACAUGUAUAUCACGUUAUUUUGUACGUGACAACGUUACCAACUGUAUGUAUCCCUGUCGCGAUGAGGUAUCCUGUUUUCAUGAUGCCAUUACUUUGGAAGAGAUUGAUACAACAAAUGUAGCCAUAUCGGCCAUAACAUCGCUGAUAUUCACCAUGUUAGGUGUAGGGUUUUGCAUUUGGAUCUGUUGGAAGUAUUGGAAUUGUAUAACUGUGCAACAGCAUGCCCACGAAGCUUCAGCUGUAACAAAUCGUCAACGUCGCCAGCGUUCCCAGCAGCAUAGAAGUAGUGGGCAAAGGGAUGUUCCCGUAAUAGAAUUACCUACGGCACCAACAUUCAAUAGUGUUACAACAGCUCCUGUUCAUAGUCUAGAAAUGAAUCAUCAACAAACGGGCGUAGAAACGCCUAAAGAUCUACCGCCCAGUUAUGAAUCAUUGUUUCCCGAUAGAUAAAUUUCAGUUACUUUCAAAAGCAACGAAUUUACAUUUACAUAAAAUGUGUUCAAAUUCUAAACACAAAAACAACAACUUCUGCAACUACUACUUCUACAAAUGAAGAGUAAUAAAAGUCACUUACAUCUAUUUAGAAUACAUACAAACCCAACUAGUAAAGAAAUUUCAAAUAACGCACACAAACAUUAUCUUCCGUUAAAAAUGCCAGGUGCAAACAAAAACUAAUUUUAUUAAAAAUAGAUGGAGAAAAAACAAAUGCAAUUAUUAACAAGUCAAAUUAUUUAUUAAGCAGCCCUUUAAAACUACUCAAUCAAUUACUAAAUGUACAUAUUAAAAGCAGAAGAAAAAAACUUUUAGUAGAAUCUCAUAUAACUAAAAAAUAUAUAUAUAAAAGACACAUACAAAAGUCCGGCAAAAUUCAACAUUGUUUUGCCACAAUAAAACUACAAUCUCAAUAAACUCGAAAUAAUUAAAUGUGUAUGUUAUAGUUAUCUAAAUUAAAUUUAAGUUAUAUGUAAAUAUGUCUAAACUAUAUACUAUAAAUAUUUGUUUGUAGUUUGUCCAAGAAAAGAAAACAAAAUUAAAAUAAAAAUAUGUAUUAAAAAUUUGUUAUUGAUCAAUUCAUAUGUGUCCAAAUGUGGUUCAAAUUGUUUCCAUACUUUUUAUGUCGUUUUAACCAAAAGUGUAGACCUGAAACAAAAAUCAAUUACAAUUAGUUGUUAGUUAAACAAAAUUAUAUAAAAAUUAUAAAAGAAAAACAUUAUUAAAACAAAUGCAUAAAACUAAAUUUUAAUAUUUUUCUUUAUUUAUAAGAUCAUCAUAGUUUUAAUUAUAUUUUAUAAUAUGGAAAAAUUGCUACUUUAAAAAAAAAAACCCUCCAGAUUAGAUUUUAUUUAAACUAUUUUUGGUUUUUCAGUAUCUACCGUUUAAUUAAGCAUUCUUAAAUCAAAUAAUUUGUAUUUACUGUCAAUGGCAUUUUAAUUAAAGCAAUAUCCUUGUAAUCUAUUAUUCCAUUUAUGUUUUUAGUUAUACUUUUUAUUUGUUUAUUUUUUUAAGAUUUUUAUUGUUUUAUUUUUUAUAACAUUUAUUGAAUUCCAUUAUUUUCGUUUUUUUAAUUAAUUAUGCUAACACUCCAUAGUAUUUAAAUAAAAAUUUAACCA